AUGACACAAGAAAAUGGCGCCGUCGAACGUCCUCUCCAGCCGGGUAUCUAUUCCCCGACAAUGACUUUCUUCGACCCAGAAACCGAAGACCUCGAUAUCCAAUCUAUCCGUCACCAUGCCGUGAGACUCGCCGAAGCCGGCCUCGCCGGUCUGGUAACCAUGGGUUCGAACGGUGAAGCCGUCCACCUCAGCCUUGACGAAAAACGCAUCGUUACCCAAGAAACCCGAAAGGCCCUCGACGAGGCUGGUUUCACCCAUAUCCCCAUUAUGGUCGGUGCCUCCGAAAACUCAAUUCGCGGUACUAUCGAAUUAUGCAAACACUCCAAAGAAUCUGGUGGUGAUUACGUCCUUUUGAUCCCGCCAAGCUAUUAUAGAUAUGCAAUGGAUGAGCGUGCUAUUACAGAAUACUUCUUAGGUGUGGCAGACGCCUCGCCCUUACCGUUGGUGUUAUAUAACUACCCUGGUGCCGUCGCGGGGAUCGAUAUGGACUCCGACCUUUUGAUCAAACUCGCCGAGCACCCGAAUAUCGUGGGGACAAAGUUUACAUGCGCGAACACCGGGAAGUUAACAAGAGUUGCAUUGGCGACCGAUGCAGUUACACCGAGUUCCCAGGGGUCUGGGUAUAUGUGUUUCGCGGGUAUGGCGGACUUCACACUUCAGGGUUUGAUCACUGGGGCUUCGGGCGUUAUUGCAGGUGGAGCCAAUGUUAUGCCGAAGUUGUGUGUGCAUGUUUAUAAUCUGUUUAAGGAAGGGAAGAUUGAUGAGGCGAUUAAGAUGCAGCAGCAGCUUUCUAAGGGUGAUUGGGUUCUAACCAAGGCGGCGAUUCCGGGAACGAAGAGUGCUAUUCAGAGUUACUUUGGUUAUGGUGGUUACCCAAGAAGGCCAUUGAAGAGGUUAUCGGAUGAGGAAGCGCAGGCUGUUAAGGAUAAGAUUGCGGAUAUAAUGGAGAUCGAGAAGAGCUUGUAA